AUGGCCACUGUCAUUCCUGGUGAUUUGUCAGACGUAAGAGAUACCCAGAAAGUCCCUUCAGGGAAACGUAAGCGUGGUGAAACCAAACCAAGAAAAAACUUUCCUUGCCAACUGUGUGACAAGGCCUUUAACAGUGUUGAGAAAUUAAAGGUUCACUCGUACUCUCACACAGGAGAGAGGCCCUACAAGUGCACACAACAAGACUGCACCAAGGCCUUUGUUUCUAAGUACAAAUUACAAAGGCACAUGGCUACUCAUUCUCCUGAGAAAACCCACAAGUGUAAUUAUUGUGAGAAAAUGUUUCACCGCAAAGAUCACCUGAAGAAUCACCUACAUACACAUGACCCUAACAAAGAGACAUUUAAGUGUGAAGAGUGUGGGAAGAACUACAACACCAAGCUUGGAUUCAAACGUCACUUGGCCUUGCAUGCUGCAACAAGUGGUGACCUCACUUGCAAGGUUUGUUUGCAGACUUUUGAAAGCACAGGAGUGCUGCUGGAGCACCUUAAAUCUCAUGCAGGCAAGUCGUCUGGCGGGAUUAAAGAAAAAAAGCACCAGUGCGAGCAUUGUGACCGCCGGUUCUACACCCGGAAAGAUGUCCGGAGACACAUGGUGGUGCACACCGGAAGAAAGGACUUCCUCUGUCAGUAUUGUGCCCAGAGAUUUGGCCGAAAGGAUCACCUGACUCGACAUAUGAAGAAGAGUCACAAUCAAGAACUUCUGAAGGUCAAAACAGAACCAGUGGAUUUUCUAGAUCCAUUUACCUGUAAUGUUUCUGUGCCUAUAAAAGAUGAGCUCCUUCCGGUGAUGUCCUUACCUUCCAGUGAACUGUUAUCAAAGCCAUUCACAAACACUUUGCAGUUAAACCUCUAUAACACUCCAUUUCAGUCCAUGCAGAGCUCGGGAUCUGCCCACCAAAUGAUCACAACUUUACCUUUGGGAAUGACAUGCCCCAUAGAUAUGGAUGCUGUCCAUCCUUCUCACCACCUUUCCUUCAAAUACCCAUUCAGUUCUACCUCAUAUGCAAUUUCUAUUCCUGAAAAAGAACAGCCAUUAAAGGGGGAAAUAGAGAGUUAUGUGAUGGAGCUGCCAGGUGGCAUACCCUCUUCAUCCCAGGAUUCUCAAGCAUCAUCAUCUAAGCUAGGGUUAGAUUCUCAGAGUGGGUCCCUUGAGGAGGGUGCAGGGGACCUCCCCCUGUCAAAAAGCUCUAUUUCCAUCAGUGACCCCCUAAACACACCAGCAUUGGAUUUUUCUCAGUUGUUUAAUUUCAUACCAUUAAAUGGCCCUCCCUAUAAUCCCAUAUCGGUGGGGAGCCUCGGAAUGAGCUAUUCCCAAGAAGAAGCACAUUCUUCUAUGUCUCAGCUCCCCUCACAGACACAGGAUCUUCAGGAUCCCGCAAACACUAUAGGCCUUGGGUCUCUGCACUCCCUGUCGGCAGCUUUCACCAGUAGUUUGAGCACAAGCACCACCCUACCACGUUUCCAUCAGGCUUUUCAGUAG